CAAAUUUCAUGUUUCAAUACAAACGUCCAACUCAAGGAUAUGAUCUUAUCCUAAUCGCGUCAUCCUUCUUCUUUCUUCAAAUACACUGGAUAGCUAAUGUUAUCAUCACGACUGACACUCGACGUCGUGACUUAUUCUUACGCAGUAACACUAUAGUUUUCGAAGAAGAAAGUACCGAUGUUAAUGGUGGACCGUCCAGAGAAUAUGAUGACAUCUCUCGAAAUGAUACACCGCCAACCUUAUCGUACUAUGGUGCAACUAGUACUUCUAUUGAUAAAGGUGCACGCAUUUAA